AUGCUUGGACAACAACAAUCGGAUUCGGAACGUAAAUUUCUCUCUCGUUUGAUCAGCUCGCAAAAACAAUCACAACAAUAUGUUGAUGAGGGAUUGAAAGCUAAAGCAAGAGCCUUGAUUCCUGUGGAUCAAAUUCAUGAACGAGCACAAGAAAAAUACAAGAUGAAAAAGGAGAAUGAUCCAAACUCUAAUCCAUUGUUGGAACGUUUCAUCAUUCAAGAGUUAUUAAAUUGGUUUAAGAGUGAUUUUUUCAAGUGGGUUAAUAAUCCUCCUUGUGAUCAUUGUCAAGCAACAAAUACAAACGGAAUGGGAGGAGUUGCUCCUAAUGCUUCGGAACAACAAAAUUUAGCUGGUAUUGUUGAAUUGUAUUCAUGUCCAAAUUGUAGACAAACUACCAGAUUUCCUCGAUAUAAUUAUGUUGGAAAAUUAUUGGAAACUAGAAGAGGAAGAUGUGGUGAGUGGGCUCAAUGUUUCACUUUAAUGGCCUCAGCUAUGGGAUAUGAAGCAAGAUAUGUUCUUGAUUGGACUGAUCACGUUUGGACUGAGGUUUAUUUGGAUGGAUGGUGUCAUGCUGAUUCAUGUGAAGGAACACUGGAUUCACCAAUGAUGUAUGAAGCUGGAUGGCAAAAGAAACUCUCUUAUAUUAUUGCUUUCUCUGCAGAGGAAGUAAUUGAUGUCACAAAAAGAUAUACUCAAAAUUUCUAUUCUGACGACUUCCAACAAAGAAGAAGAGCUCAAGGCAUUAGUGAACCUUGGUUAGAAAGCACAUUGAAAAACAUUAAUGAGCAAUUGCAUGUAUUUAUGCCACCUUACAGAUCUACCUUCCUUAAAAAUAGACAAACAAAGGAAAAAGAUCAAAUUGAACAAAAGCAAAAAUCCUCGUCUGACCUCACAUUGGAAGAACAAAGAGGAAGAAUAUCCGGCUCUGAAGAGUGGAAGAAGUCUCGAGGAGAAACAGGCAAAACAUCUUGUGAUGACGAUAGCUGUCCUGUUCCUCAAUAUAAGUUAGAGCAAUCUGUUGUGGAUAGCCUUAAGCUCUAUACCAACAAGAUUGAAGUGAAUAAGAAAACAAAUUCUCUAUCUUGUCUAGGAAAUUGUAGAGUUUUGAAUGAUAAUUCAAUCAUAAUUACAGAAAACAAGACUUCUCAAUGCGGUUCAAUAGUGUUUAAUGAUCAGUUGGAUGUGCGUGAUAUGGUUAUUGAAUUCUCGUUCCAACUUACAAAGAAUGGAACUGGAGCCGAUGGGUUUGCCCUGAUUAUGCACUCCAAUGAUAAUGCUGCACAAAUGGGAGCUCCUGGUAGUGGAAUGGGAUAUGAAGGAAUACCAAACUCUAUUGCAAUCGAAUUUGAUACUUACCAAACCUUCGAUAGAACAAGAGAUCCAGAUUCAAACCAUAUCUCUAUCCAAACAAGAUAUGACAAACCAAACUCUGCACAUCACGACUAUUCUCUCAAAUGUACAACAAGUCUUCCUAUUACUCUUUCAGAUGGAAAAAUUCACAACUGUCAACUUCUUAUCCAAGGAGGGAAAUUAUCUAUUAUUUUAGAGAAGGAAUAUUUGAUACUGAAGGAUGUAUCUGUUGAUUUUGAGAGAGUAUUUGGAAAGGGAAAGAAAUUUAGAAUUGGCUUAACUGCUUCAACAGGUGGUUUAUCAGAAGAACACAAAAUUGUAAAUUGGUCCAUCCUCACAAAAACAACUAGUACUUCAUAUGUUCUCUUUGACCAAGUGAACAUUGCAGGUGUUGAGAAAAAACUCAAGGAAUUGAUUUCUCGUGAACCUAGUCCUACAAUUACAGAUAUACAAGUUCAAUCGCUUUUGAAUGUGAGUGGUUGGAAAAUUACAGAAAUUUCCUUAGUGAAUUCUAUCCUCAGACAAUGGAAAUUCGAAAACCUCUUCCCAAUUAUUGACUUGUUGCGUAUUGCCAUUGUAAACAACAAGACUGUCUCAGAUACAUUCUCCAAGCUUUUCAUACAGAAUCAAAAGGACCAUUUAUUAUUGAAUAUCUUUAACAAGACUAGUGAGGCAACAGUUGAAAAUUCGUACGCCUACUGCCUUGUAUCUCUUAGACUUAUUAACAAUCUCUUUAAGGAAAGGUUAGGUAGAGUCUAUGUUAACAAGUUCACAGACAAAAUCUUGGAACAGUUGACAGAAAGCAAAAUUUUCACCUUACAACCAACCUCAAAACCUGCAUAUAGACAAACGUACGGUGCUCUCCUUCACAAUCUCUCACUAUUAUUUGUAAAUGAGCUUCCAGAUGAAGAAAUGAUGGUUAGGUUAUUCUCCACCUCCUUUGAAAUGUUGGAAAAAGAGAUUUCAAGAGAAGACUUUGAUGAAAGUGCUUGUCAAUAUGCUAUCAAAUCGUUAACAAUACUUCUCAAGGUUGAUUCAAAGGAACAACCAACCGAUGAAGAGGACAGUAUCAUGCAUGGUCUUGCCUUAAGUAUGGACAUUCAUAGUUUAGUGUUGAAAUUGAAGACAAGAAACCUUGCCAAUGUGGAUUUGUGUUCUCUUCUCAACUCAUUAGAAAAACAGUUUGGAAAUUAAAGUGGUUUAAAGUUU